ACCUGUUACGUACACAUAACUAAGUGAGAAUAAUUAGUAACGUAAGGGGUCUCUUUCUUCAAUACACAGCCCUGAGGGAAGCCACGCCACUGUGCGUGUGUAAUUGUCGGUGACGUUUGUAAACUUAUAGGUGUACCGUUGCACAGGAGGUUAUAUGCUGCGUUCUUUUUAAUUAUUAUCACGAAAAAAUGGUUCGCACCGAUUGGGAUCGAAUAUUAUCUGUGAACGUCUCGUCUUUAACGGAUGAAGAAAUCGAAGAUCUUUUUCCUACUGUAGUCCAAUGCGACGUAGACGAGAUUACUGAUGUGCACAAUCUGCGAAUCCUCAUGAGACUGUCUCAAGAAAUCAUGACUUAUAAAGACAAUCAAGUAGAGGCUUUGCUCCUUGAAUGUGGUGAAUUGAAGGAAACAAUAGCUUCAUUACGUCCUGAGGCUGCUAAACGAAAGAUCAGAGAUCGUGAUAUAUCUACAACGAGACAAGAGUCCGAUGGUAUUAGCAAGAGUGUAGGUUUAUUGGAACAUACUCCUUAUACAGAUACGCAAGGAAAAAAUGAGAAAAUUAAAACCCUCAUGGUGGAACUAGAAACUUUAGAUAAGGAAAAUGAGAUUCUUAAGGAGCGGUUAACAACAUUAAAAGAUGAGAUGGAAGAUGCAACGGAAAAAAUGAAUGAAAUGACUGAAGAAUUACGCUCCACUCAAAUAAAAGAUGCGGAAUAUAAAGACAAAAUAUUGACAUUGGAACAAGAAAACGCAGCUUUGGUUAUUCAAAUCAGAGAAGUAACAGCACAACAAAUAGACAGAGACAGAAUGUUGGAUGAAUUUGGCGCAGCUAUUGAUGCUAGAAUGUCUGAAUGGAAGGAUAUAUUAGACGAAAAGGACGAUGAAAUUACACGUUUGAAAGAAAACUUAUCGCAAUCUUUAAGGCAGUCUGUUACAUCGGUUAAAGAAGAAAAUAAAUCUGAGAUUAUUCAUCUAAAUGACGAAAUAGUUCGCCGAGAUGCGAUUAUAAUUGAGUUGCAGGCUAAAUUAUCGGAAGCUGUUGUUGAAAUAAAUGAGAGUGCAACACUUAUAGACAAAUUAAAACGAAAAGUACAGGAGCCUGUAAAAAGCGACAAACGGAAAGAACAAAAAAAUUUGUUGAAAAGGAUACAAAGUGCAAAUGAAAAAAUUUCUAAUUUAGAGAAUGCAUUAUCCCAAGCACAAGAUGAUGCGAAAUCUCAGAGUAGCAAAUUGUGUGACGUACUGUCUACGUUAAAACAAUACGAAGAAGGAAAUGAAGCUUUAACUAAAGCGUUAAACGAAAUUAGAGAAUUAAAAAUCAAAUUGGAUUACAAAAAUGAACAUAUAGAAGAUUUAGUUAAUGUUGUUAAUAAACUGGAGAUGUUAAAUUCGUAUCAAGAGAUGGAAAUUUUAACUCUUAGAGAAAAGUUAGGGAUCCCAGAGGAUGAAUCGGUAUCGAUUAAAAGCGUUGUAGCGAAACGAAAAGAGGAAUCAAGGAAACUAGGAGAGCUUGUUCAGCAAAAUAAAAGCCUCGUAGAGGAAAAUUUAGAAUUAAAGUCAGAUAUAAGGAUAUUAAAAUAUAAAUUAAGCAAGUCUGAGAAGAUAUUAGACACUUCAGAUAAUUUAGGUGACUCUAGUGAUCAGUUUUUACACUCGACUAAAUUAGCCGAAUCGGAAAGUAUGCGAGUACGUUCCAAAACUGACAUCUCCGAAGUUAGUCAAAAUAUUCAGAUAUUUAUAGAUGAAAAUGAAGCGCUUAGAACAGGCAUGCACGAGAUUAUGGACAGUAUACGCAAUCAAGAUGGUAAGAGCGGGGUGGAGAUACAAUCCAGUACAUUGGAACGAUUGUUGGAAGCUUUAGAUGUUAGACAUUUAGCUGGUUGGUAUCAUCCAGCUAUGAGAUUACAGGAACAUCUUAAUGUAGUGCAAGGUAGCAAUGCUGAAUUAAGGUCGCAGCUUAAAUUACUGAGAAAAGAAUUGCAAAGGAAAGAUGAUAUAUUGCAAGAUUUGGCGGUAAGUAGAAAUAUAGACGUCGAGAAAUUGUACGAGAAGUACAACGAAGAAGGCGAAGCGAUGACGAUAUAUCUUACGGAAAUGAAAGCUCUGCAAACGGCAUAUAAGAAUGAGGCGGAAGAGUGGGAGAAGCAAAAGGAUUUGUUGGUUCGAGAGAACAACGAGUUGAAGGAUGAGAUGGAUAGCUUUAAGAAGCAACUAAACGUUUAUAAGGAAAAUCUGCGGAUUGUAGAAAGUGGAGAUGACGAAAUCCAGAAAGCACUGGUGACAAAAACGAGAGAAUAUGCGGACGCCGCCAAUGAAGUAAUUAUCGCGAACAGGAAAGUCACUAGUCUUCAACAGUUGCUUAACAAAGAAACCAGUAGACUGUACGAGUGUCAAAAGGGGAUAAUCAAAAAAGAGAGCGAACUCAACAGAGCCCUUGCGGACGCAAACAAGCAUAACAAAACGUUACUGUCAGAAGUUUCACUCUUACAAAGUAAUUUGCACAAUUCUGUGAGUGCGGCUGUGCAUAACGAGUUGAAAGAGGAACACGAGGAACUGAACAUACGCUAUCGCGCUUUGUUAGAAACUGCGAUGACGUCUUCCGACUGCGAUGAAGUAUUAUCCUUGAAAGCCGAAAUAGAAACGAUAAGGCAGGAGAAGUAUCAACUCGUGGAAGAUUUGCGACGGCAAGUCGACGACCGUGAGAACGACAAUUUGCAGCAAAGUUUGAAGGAAACGGAAGCCAGAGAAUUGAUCGAGAGACAACGAGCGGAUCAGAUGGCCAGAUUGCAUGAGAUAACUCAGGCUCAAUUGGCGAAAUGCGAAGACAGUGUUAAGCGACUUACCGUUUCGAAUUCUGAAUUGCAAGAGAAAUUGAUCGAGACCCACGGGAAAUUGUCCAAGGAGGUAGCGCUGCAGGAAGCCAUCCCAGUGGACGAUAAUCGCACGCAAGAGCUGCAGAAUGCAAAUGCUCAACUUACCACAGAGAACGCAGGUUUGAGGAGAGCGCUGCAGAUUUCUCAGGAAGAGGCUCAGUUGCAGUAUUCGCUGAAUUCACUGCAGACACUGGAAUUGGACAGUCUCAGGCAUCAGAUAUUAGACCUGCAAGCUGUGAGCGAAGACAAGGCCACUAUUUCGAGACUCGAUUUUGAGCUUACGAGUAAGAAGAUAGCGGAAAUGGAAUUAACCGCGCAGAAAACGCGACUGCAGAACGAGCUGUCUUCCACGCAGCAAGAGCUUGACAACUCGAAAAGGAAAUACGAGGAGAUGCGGGAUUACGUGCAAGACUAUCGGAAACGAUGUGACAACCGUUGCAAAUAUUACACGGACAUCAUAUAUUUUUUGCAAUGCCAGUACGCGGGAUCAACUUCCGUGAGUAGUUUGGAAAAAGUGGUCGCCCUCGCCGCAAAAUUGAAGACGGACCGACGGGACGUCGAUUUGGAAAUGCGUAAAGUAAAAAAGUGCCACGAAGAUGUGAAGCACGAACGGCAACUCUUGUCUACGCGCCUCGAGAUCGUCGAGCGUCUGAAAGAUAUAUUGGAGCAACAGAUUGGCGCCGGCAACGUCCAAAACAUAAUGGAACACUUUGCGGAAACUUCACAGCGGACACUGAGUGAUUUUAAAUAUAAACGACGAAUAGCUCACUUGGAGCACGAGCUUCAAAUAGCCGGCAGCAAGUUCAACGAAUACGAGUCAGUGAUUGCCGGCAUGGAACAGGACGUGAUAGAUAUUCAGAGAGCUUGGUAUCCGCAACAAGAUCAUCAACUCCGGCUUAACGCGCCGAUUUUGGAGACAAAGUCCGUUCAAGCAGCGGCGGAGGUCCGGGUGGUCAGUGUUCAAACAGAUCCCUACACUUGUUGUCUGAAUGACAAGGUCGAGGAAGGCACAGCUAAGGAGAGCGAAGUUUCCCAGGAUAUUCGGGACUCGUCUGAACCAGGUGAAACCAUCGAAAAGACAUUCAAAGAUGCGGGAAGCAAUACGGAAGAGAGCGGUAGCUCCGCGCAGCGUCUUAACGAGCAGUUAGACCAAGCGCUGAAACUCGUGUCGGAACGCUCCGCGAUGCUCGCCAAGUGCGAAUCGCAAUUAGUCGAGUGUCAGGCAAAGAUGGGCGGUUUAACAGAGGCGAUGAAGGAGAAGGACUCGCGCCUUGCCCAAAAGCAAGAUGUACUCGACGAGUUAACGUCUCAGUCGCGCGCCACGGACGUCGAGUGCACCGACAAGCUGGCUUUAAAAUCGACGAUAAACAGCUUGCAAAAACUAAUCAGUCAAAAGGAGGAGACCAUUCUGAGGUACCAGCAUCUGUUGAAAGAGGACCGGGACGAGCAUAGUCGGGCAGCGAGUCGUUUUCAGGAGGAGAUUAAGAGCUUGCACGACCGUAUCCUGUCCGUGCGGAGUGAGACAAGAAGAAACGGAGAGUCGACCGUGAAGAAUAUCCUCGGAAAAGCGCCGGCUUCUACGUUCCACGAAAGCUCAUCGAGACCGCCGAGGAACAGCGCCGCGCAGGAGGAAGAGAUUGUCAGGCUGCGCGAAAAGGUAUCCACCUGCGAAGCGGAAUUAAAUAUCAGCAAAGAACUGAGCGAUCGUUGGCAUCGGUUGGCAGAGGAAAGAUUGAAACACAUGGAUCGUAUGAGAGAAAGAUUAGAGCAACAGCAUAAAACCGAGCUCGAGAGCUAUCGUGGUGAAUUGAACAAGUGGCAGGCGGAGGCUGACACGCUCAGACAACAAUUAUCCGAGAACCGGGUGUUGCUCACGAAAGGAAAUAUCUCCCUGAUGAAGGAGCUACAGGAGAAAGACGACAAGAUACAUGAACUGAGUCUCACUUGCCAGCAAUUACAGAAUGAAGUCGAGUUAAUGGAGUCUGCAGGCCGACCUCAGCAGGUAACAGCUCGUGCUGAUACGAAGGCGAGCGAGACGGCGUACAAUAGCCAUCGUGAUCAACUGCAGCAGCAAAAUCAAGCGGACCUCUUGCGGCGGCAGCUUCAGUCUCUCAUGGAGAAGGAGAAGGCGUACAAGUACGAAAUAGCCGAUUUGAAGCAGCAGCUCAGUCGCAGGUAUAUGGCGAUAAAAGCGCAGGAGAAGAAGACGUCGCAGCGUGAAGCUCAACUCGAGCGCAAAGUUGCGUCUCUCGAAGAGGAGUUGUAUAAAACGAAAGCUCAGUUGGAUCGUGAAUACCUGGCGCAAGAAGCUAAAAAGGCGAAGACCGCGGAGGAACUUGCACUGUGGGAGAAACAGAAAAAGUGGCAGCAAACGGCGGAGAAACUGAAAGGGAAACUUAAAGAGAAAACGGACGAGUACGCGAAAUUGCUGGCGAAUCACGAGAAACUUCGAUCCGUCGUCUCGUGUAUGGAACGAGAGAAAUGGUAUUUAAGAAGCAGGCUUAAAUCCGAGGCCGAUAACGUGUCCGGCGAUUCGUCGUCGAGACUUUUGUCGAGUGUACAACGUAAAACGGUAGAUGAACUGGAGAAAGAAUGUUUAACGCUGAGAGAACGUGUUAAAGAAUUGACCGAACGCUCGGGGAAGGAAGGUGAUGAACAGCUCAUGUCGGAAAUAGCGAAACUGAAGCGCCACAAUGCCGCUCUGGAAGCGGUCUCUCAGGGCAAUAUGUGCGUGAUCAGCCAGCUGGAAAAAUUAGAAAUGACCAAAGAUAUUCUGGAAAAGAUGAAUCUCAAGCUGGAGAGUGAAAAUUUCGAGCUGCGGCUCGCAUUAGAGAGGACGAAUUCGGACACUCCGCGAUUGCGAGAGAAAGUGAAUCAUUUGGAAAAAUAUAUAAAGUUAUUGAAAGUAGAAAAAUCGUCAGACUCGACUCCUAGAUCGUCAGAUAAAGACUUGCCAGAACCACGCGCUAAAAAAUCUACUUUCGAAAUGGAGAAAACAAUAUUUACAUUGAAGCGAAUUGUCGAGAAGCUGCAGGCAGAGAAUAAAAGACUGAAAUUUAGUUCCAAGAAAAAUCAUAUUCUAGUCAAUCAAGAAAGGACAAAUAGAUUUGACAUUGAAGGAGAUACUUUACUUCAAGGACAAUACGAGGAAUCUCAAAAACGUGUGAUAAGCUUAGAAUCGGAUUUGCGACUGGCUGAACAGAGAAUAGUUAUGUUAGAAAAGGCUCAGAAAGAAGAUGAUAACGGAGACUUGAAAAUUUUGAGGCAACAGCUAAUCCACAAGUCUGAGCUUCUGGAAAAAGUGAAACAGCUGUUGACUCGUGCAGCCAUCAACGAAAAAACGUUGCGGCAACGUGUGCAACAGCUGGAAUCAAAGCAAACUCUAUCGACAAUCCCGGAGUGUUACGUGACUCCACCUACACCGAAAUAAUGGGUGUUUUGGAAAUAAGCGCAAUUUUAAGUAAACUUAGAUAGAUUUGCAGUGAAAGUCAUAUAUUUUUAUCAAGACAAAUGUAUACACACAUAUAUUUUAUUCGUGGUUUCUCCGCCAAACAUUUAUUUCAAGUGGAACCUUGUCUUCUUUAUCUUUAUCCAGUGCUUAUGUCGUGUUUUACAAUGAUUUUAUACGCAUAAAUAUGAUCGUAUUAAUUUUUUGUACACACACAGGCGCAUAAUGUUCAUGUGUAAAUGGAAGAAGUUGCUGUUAUUCUAAGACAUUUUUUUGUAUAUCUAAUAUAUGUAUCGUAUUGGCGGAAACAAAGUGAAAUUUUUUUAUGUU